AACAUCAUCCAACACAAAAAAAAAAGGGGGAAAAGAAAAAAAGUUAAAAGCAAGCUCUUCCCUUCCCCACACUUUACCGCAGACCAACCACCCCAUCUAGCCGUUGUUUAUAUAUAUAUAUAUAGGAGGGACAAAAAGAAGUUGCAGAGGAGAAAAUAGUAAGGACAUUGUUUUCAAUCUCUCUAUCACUAAGUUACUCGAAAGCAAACUACAGAUCGAGAGAGAUUGGCUUCUGCAUUCAAAUAAACAUUGAUCUUCAGCAUUAGUACUGCAAGACGUCUUUGGUGCUUAUUUUGGUAUCAACUAUAUCAGAUUAUAGUUAGUUUCAUCCGCUUAUCUCUUACGGAUGGAGCUGAGGUGCCGGAGGGAAGAAGUCAACUUCCCCUGCUUCAUUGGUACUUUUAUGCCAUGACUACAACUUCUUUGUCUUGCUCUAAAGGAUAAAUGGAGGGCAUUACUGAGAGAUAUGGCAAGAUCAAGCAAGGUUACUGGUUAGACCAAUUUCGACAUGGCUCUAAUCCUUGGAUGGCUAGAUAUAUUUACGGCUUAUUAUUUCUGGUUGCAAAUUUACUAGCUUGGGCUGUUCGUGAUUAUGGCCAUAGCAUUUUGAAAGAAAUAAAGAGAUUUAAAGAAUGUAAUGGUGGUGAAGAUUGUUUGGGUGCAGAAGGAGUGUUGAGAGUAAGCUUGGGGUGCUCUCUUUUCUAUUUAGCCAUGUUCCUCUCUACUGCUGGUACAUCGAAAUUGAAUGACCGUAGAGAAUUAUGGCACUCAGGAUGGUGGUCUGCCAAGCUUUUCAUGAACAUUUCUCUAAUUCUACUUCCCUUUCUUCUUCCUGGAGAGAUUGUUUCAAUCUAUGGCGAGGUUGCGCAUUUUGGUGCCGGGGUCUUUUUAUUAAUUCAGCUUAUAAGUAUAAUCAGUUUUAUCACAUGGCUGAAUGAUUGCUGCCACUCUGAGAAAUAUGCUGUCAGAUGCCACAUCCAAAUGAUGUUACUUGCAACCACUGCAUAUAUUAUAUGCAUCCUUGGGAUCAUUCUAAUGUACAUUUGGUAUACUCCUCAACCAUCAUGCCUUCUUAAUAUUUUCUUCAUCUCCUGGACAUUAGUACUCCUCCAACUCAUGACCAGUAUCUCUCUCCACCCCAAGGUGAAUGUCGGUUUCCUGACUCCAGGUUUUAUGGGGCUUUAUGUGGUGUUUCUCUGCUGGUCUGCCAUCAGAAGUGAACCCCCAGAGGAGAAAUGCAUCCGGAAAGCAGAAUUGGCAACUGGAAAAGGAGACUGGUUCACCAUCAUUAGCUUCGUUAUAGCGGUCCUUGCAAUUGUCAUUGCAACAUUUUCAACUGGAAUUGAUUCGAAAUGCUUUCAGUUCAAAAAGGAUGAUGCGCCUCAAGAAGAUGAUGUUCCAUAUGGUUACGGAUUCUUUCAUUUCGUCUUUGCGACAGGAGCAAUGUACUUUGCAAUGCUAUUAAUUGGAUGGAAUCCUAAUCACGCCAUGAAGAGGUUUACAAUAGAUGUUGGUUGGACCAGCACUUGGGUAAGGAUAGUGAAUGAAUGGGUUGCAGUUUGUGUUUACAUAUCAAUGCUCGUGGCUCCCAUCGUUUGGAAGAGCAGGCAAGUAGCAUCAGCAUCACAAGUUUGACAAACUUCACAUUACCAAAGAUUGUUCCUAUUCUUGUGGCUUUUCAAUGGCUGGCCUCAGUGGCUCGGUUCCAUGUCUGUCGGAGAAUAGAAGGAAGUCUCUGCAUAUGCAACAUCUUUUGUCGUUCUGAAGACAAAUGUGUAUCAAAAGACUUCCACUAGCAUGAUUCAUUUAGUUUUUUGAUAAAUUGUUAAAUUGUUGUUACUGUAACGUUAUAGAAUCUCGAUUUCUUGAUCCUUCUUACAGGUAAAUGAAAGCAGAAAAAGAAAAAAAAAACACAAAGGGGUAAACAAAUGAUCGAGCUGUUAUUUAUUUUUGUUGGCCAAUCUUUUAUUUUCCUUUGUACGGUUUGUAUUUCCCUUGAUAAAGAGAUUGAAGUACA